AUGCACGACACAGAUAGGUUAAGCCGCUGCACACCGUCUCCAGGACACGAGCAGGAGGUGAAGCACAUGAAGAGGGACGUGUCCACUGCUGAAUUACACCUGCAGGCCUGUAAACUGUGUGAUGUCGUUCCAGUCAGAUAUUUCAUCAGAUAUCUGAUCUGUGAAACCAUGAACCUCAACCAUCACACACUCGGUCUUUUGGGAGGAAAAGCCCUGGCAAAUGCCCUGGUGACAGACAUGCACAGUACAACACGACUGGCACAUUACUGUUUGUUGGCUGAAGGGCCAGAUCUCAUGCAGAUGCUGAGGGCCAGUUUCACCAUUCAGAUUCUUGAUCAGUCCAAUAGUAAUCUUCAUUCUUUCGGUGCGGAAUGUGUCGCUGUUCUAUUGACUGAUUCUAUUGACCACACAAUGUUUAUGUUAACAGGGAAUCAGUUCAUUGAAGAUGAUGCCAAAUGGUUUGCAGUAAAAUUCUAGCCUAACUACAGAGUGAAGGAGUUGGAUUUGAGUCACAAUCAGUUCUGUGAGAGAGGUGGAGAACAUCUGGGUCAAAUGAGCACAAACAGUGAGGGUUUAGAAGUUCUUGAUCUGAGUUGGAAUCAUUUACGGAUGAAAGGAGCUGUAGCGUUCUGUGCUGGAGUGAAGGUUAACUAUUGCUAUACAAUACAUGUAUUAUUAUUUUUUGAUCGCACCAUACAUCAAUCCAGCAUCCCGUUGGAGAGAUUCAAGAUAGAGCAGCUGAUUCAGAGACUGGACAGAGACAGAACAGGCAUUGUGGACUACAGGUGGCUUGGCCUUCUUGAGGUCAAUGAGCAGCUGACACGAGACCACCGGCGUCAGCUGCGGAAAGUGGAAUCCCGUCAGAAGAAGGAGAAGCAGAAAAGCGACAGGAUCCUGAAAACCUUUGAGAGUGCCGUAGAGGCCAUGACCCCAUGCAGCUCAAUGAUCAUAUCACCCAGUGGGGCCUAAGAGGACUCGAGCAGACCACAGCACUUCCCUGCCACCCCGCUUAGCUCCUGGCACCAUAUCGUCAUGUCCACGAGCAGCCGCUACUCUGUCCAGAACAUGAGCAGCGAGCACGUCCACUUCCCCAUGAUAGCGGGCACAAUGUCAUACAAACACCCGAGGUAAUCAAGCAUGCGCUCGUACUCACAGCCGAACCUCUUUGAGAGCGCCACUAAACAGCCCAGUAGGCCUAAAUCAGCAUCAGCGCAGGGAAUGCACUCCAACUCCAACCCCAGUGUGACCAGCAGUAAACUCAGUCCCACUGCUAACUUAACCAGAUCUAGACCCACAUUAAACAUUGAACCAACUGGUAAAGUGAGAGAGCAGGUGAAGAAAAAAAGACAAAGAAAAGAAAGGAUGUAA